UCGGCACAGUUUCACGAAACUUCAUCUCUCUCUCUCUCUCUCUCUCUCUAAACUUCGAUACACAAAUCACCAUAUGACUACCGAAGAGAAAGAGAUCCUCGCCGCCAAAUUGGAAGAACAGAAGAUCGAUCUUGAUAAGCCUGAAGUUGAGGACGCUGAUGACAACGAUGAGGAUGACUCCGACGAUGACGAUGAUGAUGCGGAGGGACAAGAUGGAGAGGCAGGAGGCAAAUCGAAACAAAGCAGAAGUGAGAAGAAGAGUCGCAAAGCCAUGCUCAAGCUCGGGAUGAAACCCAUCACUGGUGUCAGCCGUGUCACCGUCAAAAAGAGCAAGAACAUAAUGUUCGUCAUAUCUAAACCCGAUGUCUUCAAGAGCCCAGCAUCAGACACGUACGUCAUCUUUGGAGAGGCCAAGAUAGAGGAUUUGAGCUCGCAGAUGCAGUCGCAGGCCGCAGAGCAGUUCAAGGCUCCGGACCUCAGCAACGUGAUCAAGGGCGAGUCUUCGUCGAGCGCUGCCGCAGUGGUGCAGGAUGAUGAUGAGGAUGUUGACGAGGAUGGUGUCGAGCCAAAGGACAUUGAGUUGGUGAUGACCCAAGCAGGAGUGACUAGGCCAAAGGCUGUGAAGGCUCUCAAGUCUGCGGAUGGAGAUAUUGUCACUGCUAUCAUGGAGCUUACCACCUAAACCAAAAUCUUUUCAACUUAGAUAUGUGGCUUAACUUGGAGUUAUAUGUCCGCUGAGAUUUUCAAAAGGUUUCGCAAGUUUUUGUUUUCCAUGUGUUCUUGAAGUGUUUUCAGUGUUGUAUCAGUGAUUCAGUAUACAGUUUGGUUUCAUAUUGCAUAUUAUCUACUAUUACUCUUA